AUGACGCAGAUGUUAAAAAGUUUUGCUAACGGAAAACUUGUACUGGCCCUCGAAGCUCUACUUGGUUCAGAAUUAUCUCCUAUUGAGCAAUAUCAUCUAAUCGGCGGGUUGAACACUAUUAAACCAAAUCAGUAUGAAAGGAGAUAUACUAAUUAUGGAUAUUUAAAGGCUGCUGUAACUUCAUUGCAGAAAGUUGUAAACACUUUGAAACAAUAUUGGGAAUUUCCUGAAGAAAUUACACGUGAUGAUUUUAGAUUUGCCCUGCCUAUUGAAUGGAGAGCUGCUAACAGUUUGUCAACUCGACCUAAACGUGCACCAAAGCCUAAAAAGAGGCUGGCUGUAGAAGGUUAA